AUGGGGAGACCAGAAGAAGCUGAGGUGACCCUCCCCCUGGAGCCGAGGAACAAGGUGACGUUCACCAGGUUGCCGGCCACCGAGCCCGUGGAGAUCAGGUUCCAGGAUCUGCAAUACAGGGCAAACCUGGGCUUCAGGAAGGGUAAGUCGAUUAGACAGGUAUCGAUUAGGAUCUCAGGUGUAAGAGGAGGAGUCACAGUUAAUGGGCGAGAGAGGGACCUGGAUGAGUUCCGCAGGGUCUCCUGCUACAUCACCCAAGACGACAGGCUGCAACCUCUGCUCACUGUCAACGAGAACAUGAAAGUGGCAGCGGACCUCAAGCUGACUGCCAGGUACACGGAGAAGGAGAAGUUUGCCAUUAUAGAUGAAAUUUUAAAAAUGCUGGGUUUGUACGAAUCCAAGCCCACAAGAGCCGCUCAAUUGAGCGGUGGACAAAAGAAAAGACUGUCUAUAGCACUCGAACUAGUCAACAAUCCCUUAGUCAUGUUCCUCGACGAACCCACAACUGGUCUUGACAGCGCUUCCUGCCUCCUUUGCAUUCAAUUGAUGAGAGUCCUGGCCGAACAAGGAAGAACUAUAGUAUGCACAAUACAUCAGCCAUCUGCCUCUCUUUUCCAGAACUUCGACCACGUUUACAUCCUCGCAGAAGGGCAAUGCUUGUACCAAGGAUCUGCCAACAGUUUAGUCCCUUACCUUGAAAGCGUGAACCUACCAUGUCCGAUGUACCACAAUCCUGCAGAUUAUGUUAUUGAAUUAGCAUGCGGAGAAUAUGGCAGAGACAAAAUUGAAACUUUAGUACAAGGUACUCAAAACGGAAGAUCUAUUAGGUGGUUCAAAGACGCCGAUCUACUUCCUCCUACAUCACAUGUAGAAGUUUCUCACAAGAGUCCUAGGCUUCCCGGAAGGAUUCGAUGUUACACCAGUCUUCAAGACACCACACAAUUUCACCAAUUAUCAGUUAUAAUCAAAAGAGGAUUUAUUAAAGUUAAAAGAGACUCGACCCUGACUUACAUGCGGAUAUACGCUAAUAUACUAACUGGCCUAAUGUUGGGAACACUUUAUUACAACUCGGGAGUCGAUGGAUCAACAGUUUUAGACAACUAUAACCUACUUUUCUCCAUUAUCAUUCAUCAUGCCAUGUCGACUAUGAUGCUUACCAUUUUAACUUCUCUACAGCCCGGGGUGGGCCUUGGCUUCCCUGACAACAUUGGACCAGUCCUCUCUGCACAACGCUCUCCUCCUCCAGUUCGUUAUACUGAGAUUCUCGAUUCUCCAGGUCCCUUUCCACAUCCCGAAUCCAACGUCAUCCUCUCCUUCUGCUACCAUACAUAUUUCCAAGCAGAAUUCUUUUUUGCAUUCUUGACCCAACCAUUCAAUUCUCCUUGCUCGUACGAAGCAGACAAUGCUAUUUGCUGCAUUCUGUUUUCAGUCAUCGUAUACUUACUGUCAGGCCAGCCACUGGACGACAUGGAUAGAUUUUGGGUCUUCUUGACGGUAUCAUUGCUAGUUGUCUUCAUUGCCCAGAGUAUUGGUUACGUCGUAGGAGCUAUAUUUAACAGUGUAGUGAACGGAACGUUUGCUGGACCGAUUCUAAUAGUACCGAUGAUGAUGUUCUCUGGCUUUGGGGUCAACUUCAGAGAUAUACCUGGAUACUUACGAUGGGGUACUUACGUUUCCUACCUGCGUUAUUCCCUCGAAGGAUACGUUGGGGCAAUAUACGGGAUGAAUAGGACAACGCUCCCAUGUGAUGGGUUUUAUUGCCACUAUAGGUAUCCAGAAAAGUUUCUAUACGAUAUUGCAAUGAAGGGUGAUGUGUACAACGACUGUAUUAUAAUUCUAGUUAUUAUGUUACUGCUGGUGAAAUUCGCAGCUUACAUUCUUCUUAGGUGGAAAAUUCGAUCUCUUAGAUAACAAAUUUAUUAUUAAAAAAAAUUUAAAUAUAUAUUUUUGCCAGUAAAGAAACUGAGUAAUCUAACCUGCCAAAUGUAAAUUAGAGUACUUGUGGAGAAAGUAGUAAGCCAUAUGGUGGCUGGGCGAAAAAUUGUAUCAAUCAUCUGUAGGUGGAUUUCUCGGGGAACCAAUUAUUUGGUUAUCAAUUCUGAUCAACUGGACACAUCUGCUACUUUCGGAAUUCCAUCUACAGUGUGAUCGAUGUGAUCUUGUUUCUCCCUAAGAUAUGGUAAACCGGUUUCUCCCUGAGUACUUAAUAUAGUAGAUAAAGAUAUAAUGAAAUAUAUAUAUUUUUUUCUAAUUCAAAUUAUGUACAAGAGGAGCGUUUUCGAAAGAUCAAUGUUACCAAGAGUUUAAUAAUAUUUAUAAAUUGUAUAUAUUUAUUUAAGCAGUUAGCUAUUAAUAACUGAAAGUUCAAGGGAAUAUUAAAUUAUUUUAAGAUAGAAAUUUAUUAUUUGUAAUUGAGAUUCAGUACCUUAAAUGAAGAUUAUUUGAGAUAAUUCAAUAAAACUUGAAUGAAUAAGAUCAUGGUUAUGAAUGAAAUAAAUGAUCAAGGUAAAACUUGAAUGAUUCAAGGACAGUAGACACAAAAAAUUUAGUUAUUAUGGGUCAACUGUACAUAUUGAAAUAUAUGUAAAUGUAUUAAGCAUACAUAAUAAAAGACAUACUCAAAUAUAGUUGGUAAUAUUUAUAAUCAUCAAAAGUACUAAAAAAAUUAUGAAAUUUUAUUGUAAAUUUAAGAUUAUUUUUGUAAAAGGAAUAAUUUAUGAUUAAAUUAUUAGUUAGACUGAUUUUAAAUAUAAUGUUGAUAUUAAAAAAAAUAUAUAAAAAAGUUCAAUCUUUUAUAAAAAUAAGAUUAAGGGUAAUAUUUUAGAAAGUACUGAAAAUUUGUAACAUUGAAUAAAUGUACAAAUAUUGUGAUAAUAUUUAGAUUUUUUAAAAUUUUCAUUGUGUUAGUAAUAUUUAAAUAUAUACAAAUAGAUAUUUAGGGGCCUAAAUAGUCCAUAGGCCAUAUUUUAUGAUACAACUUUUAUAAUUGUUAUCAUACUAAGGGAUAGAAAAAGCAAGUAAAAUUUAUCAUAAGAGAAAAAUACAAUUUGUUUUUUUAAUGGAUGUUUUUGUAAUACCCAAACUACAGAUAAAUUAUUUAAUAUAUUCAUUUUAUGUAAUAUAUAAGGCACAAAUAAACAUUUUUAAAUGU